AUGAGUAACACUUUAGAUUUACUCACUGCUGAGCUAAGUGAACUUUUCAACAGAGUUGACAGUAUUUUGAAAACUAUUGAAGCAUCUUAUUCUUCUGAUGCAUGUUUCCACUGCAUCAGAACUCUCCCAGCCCCAAGCUUACAGGCUCUCUUGAACGUCCUCCCAAAAAUUAGCAACCCCACACCAACAAAACCAACAUCAACACCGAACAGAACAGAAAUCAGCGUAUCCAGCGAUCAUCACAAAACUACCGUGCCGCCUACCGACGAAUAUCCACAUUCUGACGGAGACCUUGAGAUUCGUGACUGCGAACCAAGCAACAACACCAGUAACCCUGAUCCAAGAGUUGGUCUAUAUGACCCGGAUGCUAUAUCUAUAUCAGAUGACCUUUGCAAGGCUCUUAUUGAGAAUCGAGAGGACCCGCAAUACUUUCUGCAUUCCACAUGUCACGGUGCCGAAGCUUCGGAUGGGGUUGUGGGGGCUUUUUCCCAGCUACACCGAAAUUUUCAGAGAAUUCAGUCUGAUACGACCCGGGAUAUCUACCUCCAAUUCUAUUGCCUAUACAGGAGGCUUGAGUUACGGAAUAUCUUCCUUCUGGCCAGGGAGUUUGGGUACCAUACCGGUAGGAAGUGGUGUAGGAAUGCUUGUGAGGAUCUUACGUCCAAGAUCAAAGCUAGACAUCCUACUUUACCGGUAAAAACUUUGCUUAACGAAUAUGUCCAACUUGGCUAUGGCUAUAACAAGUGGGCAGAGGAACUAGGAGGGCCCGAGUUCUUGCUCAUGUUACCUUCGACUGUUUCAGAAGCUCAAGAUACAUCAAGACGAUAUUUACGUUUCUUUAUACCCGCUGUUAACAGCCUCCGUGAAAAUGGGAUUGAAAGAAUUUUGAAAGAUAAAAAUCUCGACUUAGUUGGAAAAGCUCUGUCAGAAAAUCUUUGGGCACUCUCACUAGGAAGAGACGGUUCACUCAAGCGAACUCUCACCAAGUUGGCACGCAGGAGCAAGAGAAAACGGCAGAUAGAAAGAAAUAGUAAGUGUCCUGGUGUUCGCUUUACUUCCUUUAUCCAUGUUCACAUGGGGCAGAUGACCAAUAUAAAACACCGAGACGCGAAUUGGAACAAGAUGAGGCAAGCACAAUUGGAACAACACUCGAUGAUAGUCUACGACGGAAUCAAGAAGCUGAUGUGCUUGAUGAGGCUCUAUCCGAGUCAUCCUUACAAGCUUCUGGGGACCAUACCGAAUUUUCCGAGCUGCUGGAUAUGGUGA